UCUACUCAAAAUUUCCCUCUUGGAGCGUUUUCAAACUCGAAAAAGCUCCCAAAGAUCACCACCACCACCAUCCUCAUCGUCUCUCUCUUAGAUUUGAAAUGGAGAUCACAUCAGGUCCGAUCAGUUCAUGUUCGAAAGAACACCAGAAAAUCUAUCAGGACUGGUUCAGCUUGGCCGAUUCAGAUGGCGAUGGUCGAAUCACUGGAAAUGACGCCACAAAGUUCUUCGCGAUGUCGAAUCUAUCUCGACCAGAACUCAAGCAGGUUUGGGCAAUUGCAGACUCCAAACGACAAGGAUUUCUAGGUUUUAAGGAGUUCAUUACUGCGAUUCAGUUGGUGUCUCUAGCACAAGCAGGACAUGAAUUAACCCAAGAUCUCCUUAAAGUGACGGAUGACAGAGAGGUUAUAAAACCUCCAUUGAUGGAAGGUUUGGAUGACUUGCUAGCAAAGCAUAAAGGUUCUAAAAGUAAUGGAAAUUAUGAAACAAAUGGAAGUACUAUGUUACAACCAUCUCUGUCAGUAAAUUUGUUUACAUCAAAAUCUACCAAGAAGGCAACUUUCUCUGCAGUUACAUCAAUAACUGAUGGCUUGAAGAGGUUGUACACUGAAAAACUAAAGCCAUUGGAAGUUGGUUAUCAUUUCAAUGACUUUGCAUUUCCUUUAUUGCAGACAAAUAGUGAUUUUGAUGCUAAACCCAUGGUUAUGCUUUUGGGUCAAUACUCAACUGGGAAAACUACAUUCAUAAAACAUUUGUUGAAAUGCGACUAUCCAGGAGCUCACAUUGGACCAGAGCCUACAACUGACCGAUUUGUUGUUGUUAUGUCUGGACCCGAUGAAAGGAGCAUUCCUGGGAACACUAUUGCUGUUCAAGCAGACAUGCCAUUCAGUGGUCUAACCACUUUUGGAGGAUCUUUUCUGUCAAAAUUUGAGUGCUCUCAAAUGCCACAUCCUCUGCUCGAACAUAUUACAUUUGUGGACACUCCAGGAGUCCUAUCUGGAGAGAAGCAACGAACACAACGAAGUUAUGAUUUCACUGGUGUUAUCUCAUGGUUUGCAGCAAAAUGUGACCUUAUUCUUCUUUUAUUUGAUCCUCAUAAACUUGAUAUCAGUGAUGAGUUCAAGCGAGUGAUUUCAUCCCUACGUGGUCAUGAUGACAAGAUACGUGUUGUCCUAAACAAAGCAGAUCAAGUUGAUACCCAACAAUUAAUGAGAGUUUAUGGUGCAUUGAUGUGGUCACUUGGGAAAGUUUUGAACACUCCAGAGGUUGUGCGUGUAUACAUUGGGUCCUUCAAUGACAAGCCUGUUAAUGAAGCAGCGGUUGGUCCCAUAGGGAAGGAUCUUUUUGAGAAAGAACAAGACGACCUCCUUUUAGACUUAAUAGAUAUCCCCAAGAAGGCUUGUGAUCGUCGAAUCAAUGAAUUUGUAAAACGUGCUAGAGCUGCCAAGAUUCAUGCCUACAUAAUUAGCCAACUUAAAAAGGAGAUGCCUACUGUGUUGGGUAAAGCUAAAACUCAACAGCGACUUAUUGAUAAUCUUGAAGACAUAUUUGCAAAGGUCCAGAGAGAAUUCCAUCUACCAGCUGGUGAUUUUCCAAAUGUGGAGCAUUUUAGGGAGAUUUUGAAUAAUUACAGCAUCGAUAAAUUUGAGAAAUUGAAGCCUAAAAUGAUUCAAGCUGUAGAUGAUAUGCUUGGUUAUGACAUUCCAGAGCUUUUGAAGAAUUUCAGGAAUCCUUAUGAGUGAGAAUGUGCAGGUAAGGAUGCAGUGGAAUGCUUGUGUAGAUGGUGUGAGUUUUUUGUCUUUUCUUUUUUUCUUUCUCCUUUUAUUUGAUUGUUGAAUUAAUAUUUUGAGAUUGAACCUCUAAGCAUUGAAUGUAUGGGCUUGAGAAAGAAACAAGUGUAGUUUGGCAGUUCUCAAUCAACAAUUUUCUUGGUAGAAAUCAUUAAGGCUCAGUUUAUUUA